AUGUUCAACUACUAUUCAAAGACGUCCUACGAUGAAUACACUAUUCAGUCAUCGCCCAGCCCUCGAAGCCUUGGAUUCCCGUCGUAUUAUUACCCUACCGCAUACGAGAAACAACCAAAUCAUGCACUCAGUCCACGUCAGGCUGAAGCUGUAGAGCGUCAGGCGCCAACAAGCGCUUUCACUCAGAGAGACCCCGAAACGCCAGCGCUCAAUGACACUCGAAACGGCCCCACGCAUGUGCCAACGAAGAAAAACAUCGUGCCGCAGCAUUAUCUGACAUUUAUUGCUGCUCCGGUGGGGCCCAAGUCUUACGGUAACUACCCUGAAUUUACGGGGAUCAGUCCAAAACCUGCUCGAGCACUGAGUGAAGAAGCUCGCUCUCAGCAAAAUCGAACUCCUAGUAUUGUAUUGGAUCAUUAUGUGGACGAGAAUAGCUACGAUGAGCAGCCGAACGCGACGAUGGAGACGAAAGUCACCGGCCAAGGCCAACCGAAGCGCGUCGGUCGCUGGACCCUGGCACAAUUGAGGCAAACUGAUGGUAUUAUUCCGAGCCAGGCCGGAUGGAAUAAGGGAGACUCCCAGAAGCUCAUGACAAACUUCGGUACACCAAGAAACACAUCUACCAGAGUGAAAGCCGAAAAUCUCCAGGAAAUUCCCGAGGAGAUCGCUAACCGUACCCAUGGUGAAGUUCGUCUUCAGUCCGGUACCAACAAAUUCAGUUCACAGCGUGGUAUGACUGGCUUCGGUACUGGCCGUGAUGUGUGCCGAGAGGGAAAGCACGUCAACACCAACCCUGCAGAUCUCCAGGACCUUCCCGAGGAGAAGAUUCGUCUCUCAGACGGCAUUGUGCGUCUCCAAGCCGGUACCAACAAGUAUGAUUCUCAGAAGGGUAUGACCGGCUUUGGUACGACCCGUCGUGAGACCACAAAGAUGCUAGAUACCAAGCAUCCGGAAUACGAUCACGAGCGGCCAGAUCAGUCAGAGAUUCCUCUACAGUCAGGAACAAACAAAUUCGCUUCACAGAAGGGAAUGACUGGUUUCGGUACGUCUCGUCGUGAAACCACGAAAAUGAUCGACAGCAGCCAUCCCGAAUACGAUCACGAGGCUUCUAUCGAUCAGACAACAAUCCCCAGCCAAAUGGGUUCAAACAAAUACGCCUCUCAAAAGGGAAUGACCGGUUUCGGACAACCACGUUGGGAGGUACCGUAUUCUUUACACUUGACAGUAUCGGACUCAAAGGUGCUCGACCCCUCGAUUUCGUGGCAGAACCGCAAGUCUCAGGGCAUGGUCCGCCUUCAAUCCGGUACCAACAGAUUCGCUUCGCAGCAGGGUAUGACUGGUUUUGGUACGAUCAGGAACACGACCUACGAGGGCAGAGGGCGUGAGCGUGCCUUACGAAGGCCAUGA